CUGUGAAGUCAGAUAGCAGUCAAAAGCGUGGAGUUUCAUCUAUCAUCAUCAGAAACGAAGAAAGAGGGAAGAGAAAGCGUUCAGCAGAUUUCCUAAAGAUACUUCAUAACUUGAUUGUGGAAGUUUAGCAAUGGAGCCUUUCUCUGCUGAUAACAAUUCAACUGACCUACCCUCACAGCCCUGGUAUGAACCCCAAGUCAUUCUCUCCAUGAUCAUUCUCAGCCUCACUUUCUUAUUGGGAGUGCCAGGCAAUGGCCUAGUGCUGUGGGUGGCUGGCCUAAAGAUGCAGCGGACAGUGAACACGGUUUGGUUUCUCCAUCUCACACUGGCGGACUUCCUCUGCUGCCUCUCCUUGCCCUUCUCCCUGGCUCACUUGGCUCUCCAAGGACACUGGCCCUAUGGCUGGCUCCUAUGCAAGCUCAUCCCCUCCAUCAUCCUCCUCAACAUGUUUGCCAGCGUCUUCCUGCUGACUGCCAUUAGCCUGGAUCGUUGUCUCUUGGUCCUCAAGCCAAUCUGGUGCCAGAAUCACCGCAAUGUGGGGACAGCCUCUGCUAUCUGUGGAUGUAUAUGGGUGGUGGCUUUUGUAAUGUGUACACCUGUGUUCAUGUACCGAGAAACAUUCGCUGUAGACAACUAUUAUAUGUGUGGCUACAAUUUUGGUCUCGACAGCUCAUUAGGUUAUUCAGACUUCACCACUGAUCUCCUGGAAAAUGGGUCUCUUGACAACUCCAUUGUUCAGAUGCCUGGAGAAAUGGAUGAUAGAUUAGAGUCUUUCUCUUUACAAACAAAUGAUCUUCCUUGGACAGCCACCACUAUCCUCUAUUCUCAAACAUUUCAAAGACCUUCUGGAGAGUCACUCCCUAUGGAUUCAGCUAAAUUAUUUAGUCAACAUCCAUAUUAUAAUUUAUUUAAACCUCCUGAUGGGGUCUCAUCUAUAAUCCCCAGUGGGUUUCCCAUUGAAGAUCACAGAAUUGACCCACCAGAUAACUCUGAUACUUUUCUCUCUACUGAUGUAGAGCUUUACUCUGGUAUUUCCACCAAUUACUUAUACGCAUACGAGCUAUCCCAAGAUUUCCAGGAUGAAUAUUUAGGCCAGUUUUCAUAUGACAAUCAAGUACAAACACCCCUGAUGGCAAUAACCAUCACUAGGCUAGUGGUGGGUUUCCUUCUGCCCUUUAUUGUUAUGGUGACCUGUUAUGGCCUCAUUAUCUUCCGAAUGCGACGGGGCCGCUUCACCAAGACUCGGAUCAAAACCUUGCGAGUGGCCAUGGCUGUGGUGGUUGUCUUCUGUGUCUGCUGGGCUCCAUACCACGUUGUUGGAGUCCUAUCAUUGUUUUUUGGCCCAGAAACUCCCUUUGGAGAAGCUCUGCUGCCUUGGGACCACGUGUCCAUUGCUCUAGCAUCUGCCAAUAGUUGCUUUAAUCCCUUCCUCUAUGCCCUCCUAGGAAGAGAUUUCAGGAAGAAAGCAAAGCAGUCCAUGAAGGGCAUUCUGGAGGCAGCUUUCAGUGAAGACCUCACGCACUCUACCAGCUGUCCCCAAAGCAAAGUCUUUUUGGAAAGAAACAGCAUCAGUACAACUGUGUGACGAUAUGGAGCAGUUGACCCAAGCUGAGGUUCUUAGGUAUUCACCCAGUGCAACAUGUUUCUAGAACAACGAGGGAUAUCAUGAGCAGGAGAUUUCAGAAAUCAUCCAGAAUCAAUCCAUAGGUUCUCAAAGUAUGGUCCAAGACUAGUGGCAUCAGUGUCACCUGGUAACGUGUUAGAAUCACCUAGAAACUUGCUGAAUCAGAAUCUCUGGGGGUGGGCCCCAGCAAGUGUCUUAACAAACACUCUUGUUUCUAAUAAAUGCUAAAUUAGAGAAUCAUUGUAUAGUCUAUUUUUAUCCCAAACUAAGCCAAUGAGAUCAAUGAGAACCUAGUCUGUUUUAGAAUGAUUUUUCCAUCAGGAAUUUUUUUCUUUAGUAUUGUACAAAUCCCCUCCCAGAUUCAAUUUAAAACCAUUUCAUCUAGUCUCACCUGAGUGGAAAAUGAUCAUUUCUUUAUGGCUUUGUGGUGGUGGUGGUGAUGUUUUUCAAUGAAAAGAAGGUGCAAAAAGAAAAAGUCAAUGAAAACAAGCCGUUAUGAGACUGAGCCUGGAGCAGAGUACAACGUCAGAUGCCUGCUAUGUGUAGUACUCCUGGAUACAGGACAUGGGAAUUCCAAGUUUCCAUUAUUACAACUAAAGAGGCAUCUACUGUGUAAAGAUGGGCUGCUAAGGCAUCUGAAAUCUUACUCCUAAAAUGGCAUGUAAACUGCGGUUUGGGGAGUUUUCUAUUUGUUUACUCGAUCUGCCUAUUGAUAGAACCAUCUCUUGUCCAUUCCCUUUCCUAAGCUCCUUUAUUCCCUUAUUCCUCCCCUGCCUCUAAAUCGUCUUCCAUAUUAGACUUUGUGCAUCUAAUAACCUCUAAUUUCGUAAGAUUCAAAUUGUUCCUCUCCUCUUGCUUGAAACUAAUAUUCCCUAAGACACUCACUUCCAAUGAGAAGAGAAAGAGGGUGGAGGAUGGAGCAGUAAUCCUUGAAUUCACUGCAUAGUGACUGAGUACCCUCCAGGAAUACCAUCCAACUUUGUAAAGCAUGGCUACACGUAUGUAUCAUUCACCAGGUAUAUCUUUGGGUUUUGAAAAUUAAUUUUUAUCUUUCCGAAAGUAAUAUAGAUGCAUGUAGUUUAAAGAGAACCCAAGGCUUAUAAUGAAAUAUAAGACGUUUCCUGCCCCUCUCUGCCCGACCAAUCUCUCCUCCCACUCCCAUCUCCCAGAAAUAACACUUGCAACAAUUUUAGACAUUUCUUCUAAUAUUUACCACGAUGAGUCAUGUGCUUAUGCAGCUAAUUUUCAUAUACAUGAUAAAAUCACUUCUUGUCUUGAAAGAUGAAUUUAUCCACAUUCAUAUUUUUUGCUUAUCCAUCAUCCUAAUAUUCAUUAAUCAUCAUACUUCAAUUUGGUUAUGACCACACACUUUCUUCUAUUCUAUGGAUCCAUUCUAACCAUACAUAUAACUUUCCUUCCAUC